AUGACAGUCCUCGAGCUUCCAAGCGAGCGCCUGGCGUCGCCGCCCAUUGCCGUCUUGACGGCGGCACUCAUCGUCCUCGCCGUGGUGUUCAAGGCCGUGUACAACAUCUUCUUCCACCCCCUUCGCUCGUACCCGGGACCUCUCCUGUGGGGAGCCUCGAGAUUUCCCUACGUCGUCCGCUUCAUGCAGGGCAAGAUCCCCUACGACCUCAAGCGGCUGCAUGCCGAGUACGGGCCCGUGGUGCGCAUCGCCCCCGACGAGCUGACGUACAACUGCUCCAAGGCCUGGAGGGACAUCUACGGGCGCAACAAGCAGCCCAACGGCGAGACCACGCUCUUCAACAAGGAUCCCAUCUUGUACUCGGCCGUCUUUGCCGACCACAAGGCGCUGAUCGAUUCCGACGGCGACGAGCACCGGCCGCAGAAGCGGACGCUUUCCUACGCCUUCUCGCAUCAGGUCUUGGUUGAGCGGGGCCAUAUCAUCACGGGAUGCAUCGACCGGAUGAUUGAGGGCGUCAAAGCCCAUCUUGGGUCGUCCCCGUCAGUUUCGGCCGUGGUCGACAUUUGCCCGUGGAUCGAGAAUGCCCUCUUUGAUCUCGGCGGACAGCUCACGGUGGGACGCGACCUCAACGCCAUCAUGUCUCAGGGCACCGUCCACCCCUCGCUGGCGCUCUUCAAGAGCCUCUUCGACUUGGUGCAGUGCUAUUACCUGCAGCUCCGCCGGGGCCCCGGCAUCCUCAUCAACGCCGUCGAGAGCAUGCCGGGGUUCUCGGGCUACGACUGCGUGCUGCCGGUCAAGGACGUCCACGACAUGAUACUCAAGCGCAUGGCCGACGAGAAGUACGCAGUCGCGGACGAGAACUCGGGCGAUUUCGCUUCUUACCUGAUGAGCAGAGCAAAGAGCGAGGGCUUGAAUGACGACAAGGUCUGGAUCAACUGCGUGCACUUGAUCCUCGGGACCCCAGAGGCCAUGCCGUCUUCCAUAAUCAGCACCAUCUACCACUUGCUGACGACGCCCUACGCAUACGCCGAGGCCGUGAGGGAGGUCCGCGCGGCCUUCAAGUCGUCGGAUGAAAUCACGGCCCAGGACGUCCAGAACCUGCCCUACCUGCUCGCCUGUUUCCGCGAGACGCUGCGCAGACGUCCAACCAUCCCCGGCACUCUCACUCGCCAGUGCGGCAAAUUCGUCCAAGGAGGCACCAUCGUCGGCGUCAACCAGUUCGCCACCUCUCGAUCGGCCUCCAACUUCCACGACGCCGACUCUUAUCGGCCCGAGCGCUGGCUCGACCCCAGACCAGCCGAGUUCGAGGGCGACGACCGCGACGCUUUCAACCCGUUCGGCUACGGCCCUCGGAAGUGCAUUGCGAGAAACCUUGCCCAUCUCACCACCCAGACCUUUCUCGCCAAGCUGCUCUGGGAGUUUGACAUGGAGCUCGACGAGUCGUGUCGGGACUGGGACGACCAGGGCCUCUAUGUUCUCGCGCUGCGGGGCCCGCUGCUGGUGAAGCUGAGCAGGGCGGCCCAAUGA